AUGGCGGCCGCCACGGCGGGAACAAGUAGCGAGGGGGAGCAAGGGGCCUCUCCCGCUAGGCCUCGAGCUGGGCGCGGAGACGUGUGGCCACCUGGGGCCGGGAAGGAUCGGGGAGAUUUGGGAGCAAAAGCAGGCAGAGCUGACUGUGCGUCUCACAGGAGGCUCCACGCUCAGCCUCUCCUCCCCUCUCCUCCCCAGUCCCUUCGCUUGGUGGCUCCAGUAUGGAACGGGGGUACCAGCGGCAUCCGUGGCCUGAGCAGGGCAGUGGACCCGGAGGGCAGUCAGAGGAAGGGGAGGGCGCUGCUCCGGUUCCUGGCUGACCGCUUCUAUGAUGUGGAGGCUGUGAGGGAGUACCUGCUCCAGAAGCAGGUGUUGAAGGUGCUCCAGAAAAACCGGUCCUUCACCUACAUCAAGGAGCGAUAUGGCCCCUACGUCGCAGGUGCCUAUUUCAUCCUGAAGCAGGGAGGCGCAGUCAAGUUUCAGGACAAGGAGUGGAUGCGGCCAAAUGGGCGUGGCCUCUCUGGUGAGCUCUGGAAGCUCCGGGAGGUGCCUGUGGAGGCUGUGGACGCCAGCGGCUGUGCCAUCAACUACCAAGGCCUGGACAACCUCUUGGCCCUGAAGGAGCUCCAGUCCCUGUCGCUGCAGCACUGUCCCCACGUGGAUGACUGGUGUCUCAGCCGCCUCCACCAGCUAGCCAACUCGCUACGAGAGCUCUCGCUGGCCGGCUGCCCCCGAGUCUCUGAACGGGGCCUCGCCUGCCUCCACCACCUCCAGAACCUCCGCAGACUGGAUAUCUCUGACCUUCCUGCUGUGUCCAACCCAGGCCUCACUCAGAUCUUGGUGGAGGAGAUGCUGCCCAACUGUGAGGUUCUGGGGGCUGACUGGGCCCAGGGUCUCAAGUUGGGGCCAGAGGAGCAGCCCCGAGACACAGCCAGCAGCCCCAUCCCUGCCUAGCCUUUGGCCCCGUCCGUGUGGAGCUGGGUCUCAGCCGGGCUGUGCUGAGAGGUUAACAGCUCACCCUUCUAGCGUCCAGUUGGGUUCACACAACUCGGGGGGUCGGGUUAGGGUCAGAGGCACUGGCAGGUCAGAGGCAAGGGGAGUGAGGUGGCUUGUCCCCUACCGCAGGGGUGCUCUGGCUGGCGGGCAGCCUGGGGUGAAGCUCGCAGCUCCUGCCAGCCUGUCAGGCAGCCCUUUCCACACACUUCUCUCCUUCCCAGUUCCGGGAACCCCCUUCUCCUGCCUCUUCAGGCCUGGGGGAGGCAAGGGCUUCUGGCUGCAAGUAGCCCCAGGGAGCUGCACCCUCCCUUGCGGUGCUCCCACAGCGUGCCCACCUCUAUGUCAAGAAACU